AUGAGUGGGGUCCGCAGGUUCCUCUCCAAACGGGAGGGCAAGUACAGCCGUGACCGGGACCACCGUGCUCUGGCUCUAGGAAAGAAACCUGCUUUCGCUUCAAGUCCCGAACUCGCCUCGAAGGCAGUCGAUUCCAACUCAGCGUCUGACUUCUAUGGUCUGUUCGAUGCUCAUGGGCCCCCGACGAAUCAGGCCGAGGAACAUAAGGUCGAGACAUUGCGACAACGAAUAAUCAAUUCCAAGGGAGUCAUGUUACGGGAUGCUCAAAUUCUCUGGGCCCUUCGUUCAAUCUCAGCCAAUGGUGAUCUGGAUGCCGCAUACGGCCUUCUGCUGGCCAUGUCGGAUGCCUCAGAGGGUAUCGUCACGAGCUAUGAUCCAAGGACCCAACUGCUUGGUGCGCAAAAUAGACAGGGGGUGACAUGCUACCUGGACGCGACGCUGUUUUCCAUGUUCUCUCGCCUCGACAGUUUCGAAGCCAUGCUGUACAAUUCCUUCGACGACGUGUCGCGAAACAAGCUAGGUUUUGUUUUGCGACUUUGGGUGAACCUGUUACGGUCUGGCAGACUCAUUACCACAGAUAUCACGAAGGUGAUGCAAGACACGCUAGCCGAAUGUGGAUGGGACGGGGCUGCCACGCUCCAUCAGCAAGAUGCCUCGGAAGCUUUUACGUUCAUCACGGGAAAGCUUGAACUACCCUUGCUGACUCUAAAGAUGGAUAUCUACCACACUGGAAAGGAGGACACCACCGAUGAUCACAAGUUUGUCAACGAGAGGCUUUUGGAGGUUGCCAUUCCUCCAGACCCAACCGGCCAAAGGAGUGAAAUUACCCUUGAAGAAUGUUUGGAAGACUAUUUCAACAACCGAAUUGAAGUUCGAAGGUACAUGGAGCGGCGAUCGACGAUCAAUUCCAUCAGAAAGACGACCGCCGUUCAUGUGGAGACCGUCGAGCUAGAUUCCGACUCCUCACCCAUCACUCCUCUCUCUUCGUCACCCAGCUACACGUCACCUAUGAGGCCCACCACCCGACUUCGAACUCCUAGUAUCAUUCAAGAACGCUAUUUCCCUCCACAGGAUGAGAGUGGGUAUUCAUCUCUAGCUGGAGCCGGUUCAAGAGAUUCAACGGGAAGGCCGCGGGCCGGAAGUAUUCGGAAAGAGGUGAUGAUGCCGGCGUGGCAAUUUUUCAGUCUUAUACCAUGGUACACCGAUAAUGCGCCUACAAAUGAUGCCCAAGUUGCCGCCCAUUUCUCGUCCAAGCGACCAGUUCUGGGACUAUGCCUCAAGAGAUAUUCAAUGACGUCGGCCGGAAAAGCCAUUCGAUUAAACACUCAAGUUGAUAUCCCUGUCGAAAUCGGCGUGCCUCAUUUCAUUCAAGAUGAUCAUAUGGACGAGACCGGCCAAUUGUAUGGCAACUUCAAGUUGUCAUUACAGUCUGCCGUCUGUCACCGAGGUAAUUCAGUGGACUCUGGACACUACAUUGCUCUGGUUCGAGGCACAGCUCCACCAAUGUCUCUCGAUGGCAAUUUCACGGACAGCACCCAAACUUGGAUGAGAUUCGACGAUCUUGCUCCUCAUCGCAUUACCAUGGUCGAUAUUGAAAAGGCUCUGAGAGAAGAGACUCCGUAUUUGCUCUUCUACCAGAUAGUCCCCAUCGAAGGCGACCCAGGGCAUAUUACAUCUGGUGAAGAUAUUCUGACCUCGACAUCGGAUCGGAAUGCUUCGGUCAGUGAACUUUCGACCGAUUCUGCUUUGACAGAAAAUCAACCACCAUCUAGUCGACUCAGUUUCGAAAUAUCAGGACGAGAUGACCCUCGAGGGCGAUCGCCUGCAGAGACACGAAGAACGAGUGUGGUAUCGUUCCAGGAACAACCUGCAGAACAUACUAGCGAGACAUCCCUCGGUGUCUCCAACCAUUCGGGCGGCGCCAAUACGCCCAAGCGGCAAAGUGUAUCCCUUUCAAGAACACAGAGCAAAAUGAGUGACGGCUUAGGCCGAACAUUGUCCAAGUUCGGGGGAAAGAAAAGCCGAGAGAAACUACCGGGAAACACGAUCCAAGCCGAAGUUCAUGUAACAGAGGUUACCGAUCGAACCAUGACGGACAAGCAACCUCUCCCGAAGCAGAACACCCUUCGAGUGGAACUGCCAAAGGGACAUAGACGAGAGAAGAGUCGUAGUCGGUUGUCAAGAAGUAAAGUAAGGGGUGAGAAACCUGAUCGAGAGUGCAGUGUGAUGUGA